UCUAAAGAGAGGUCAGAAGGAAGGGUCUGCUUUGGCGGUUGGAACCAAACAGUUGCUAUCUCUCUACAAACAAAAAAAACAUUGCUUCAUUUACAAAAAUCGAUCUCAGGUGUUAGAUUAGGCCAACGGUUCUCUUUUUAUUAUCUCCUUCUUCUUCUUCUCCUUCUCCUUCUCGUUGAUUCUUCAAACCAAAGCCAUAAAACUAAAAAAUUAUAAAGAUUCCUUUUUUAUGGUUUGAUUCUUGGUCGCCAUCUUUCGCCCAACUUCCUCACCUUCUCUGACAUAAUCACUACACCUUCUUCUCCUUCUCCCUAUAAUUACAAACGUCAUCUUCCUCCAAAGUUGUUUCAUUUCACUCCCAAAUUUUAAAAAAAAUUGUUGCUUUUUUUUUUCUUCUUCUUCUGUUCGUGGGUUUUUGAAUUUCGAUUACAAAUACUUAGAUUCCUUGUUUUUCGUGGGCAAUUCAAAUCGAGGAGUUCGUGUACGCAGCUGAGUUUUGCCCUUUUGAUGGUUGUAGUUGCAGAUAAGGUCUGAAAAAAUCUUGAAAGCUUGGUAAACGUUCCGAUGAAUACACGUUACUCCGGUCAGCCUGAGUUAUCUUCUAGUAACAUUUCGAUCACUAUUUCAUCGUCUACGUCGUUAAACUCCACACCUCGUGGUAAUAGCAGUCAUGUUACUUCUGGUAAUAAUGAUCAAGAGAGGUCUCCAUCUUCGUUUUACAUAAGGUUGGCUAUGAAGGUGUCUAGAGCUAGGUGGUUCAUCUUCUUGAGAAGAGUGUUUCACUACCAGAACGGUUCAAGAUCCGAUCUUGGCUCUAAUCCUUUCAAUUCCAGUACUUGGAUGAUGUCUGAGCUCGUUGCUCUGCUUCUUCAGCUCACUGUGAUAACGUUCACACUAGCUAUCUCCAAAGAAGAGAGACCUAUUUGGCCUGUUAGGCUAUGGAUUACGGGUUACGAUGUGGGAUGCCUUCUGAAUCUCAUGCUGUUAUAUGGUCGGUAUCGUCAACUAGAUGCUGUCCUCGGCGAUGUUGAGCAGCAACAGAGAGGCAGAGAAGAAACAAGGUCUUCUCAUUUGAUGAACAAAUGCAGAACGUCGUUGGAGCUUUUCUUUGCGAUUUGGUUUGUGAUUGGGAAUGUUUGGGUGUUUGAUUCUAGAUUUGGUUCUUUCCACCAUGCUCCCAAGCUUCAUGUCCUCUGCGUCUCUCUUCUAGGUUGGAAUGCUAUCUGCUAUUCCUUUCCAUUUCUUCUCUUCCUCUUCCUCUGUUGCCUUGUCCCUCUCAUAAGUAGCCUCCUUGGAUAUAAUAUGAACAUGGGAUCCUCAGAGAGAGGAGCAUCAGAUGACCAAAUCUCUAGUCUCCCUUGUUGGAAAUACAAACGAAUCGACAAAAAUGCUUCUGAUUCUGAUUCAGAUUCAGCUACUGUAACCGAUGAUCCAGAGUGUUGUAUAUGUUUGGCAAAGUAUAAAGACAAAGAAGAAGUAAGGAAGCUUCCAUGCUCACAUAAGUUCCACUCAAAGUGUGUAGAUCAAUGGCUUCGUAUAAUCUCCUGUUGUCCUCUCUGCAAACAAGAUCUUCCAAGGUGACAAUGCAAAAAACUCCAAAAGCAGACAAAAGCUUAAGAGUCAACAAAAAUAUCUCAUUAAGUUCAAUACUUUUUUUUUUUUUUUUUUUUCUUUCAAAGGCUUAGGUUUUUCUUUCAUGAUUUUGGUUUGAAGCAAGUCGGUUACUUGUGUGAGUGUCAGAUUUUUUUGUACAGAAAGAGCUCACCAGUAAUCGUAAAUUACAUUGUGAGUAAGUGAUGCAAAUCACAAUGGCAAAAGAACAUUUAUAGAAUCAUUAAUAUAGUGUCUAUACUACUUCAUAUCAUUUUUACCCUCA